AAAAUAUAUUCAUGUAAUCAGUAAUGUGACUGUUUUGUUGUAUUUAUCAUAUUUGUAAUAUUUGUGUAACAAAAGUAUUUUUGUAAUUAAUUUUUCAAACAUUAUAAUUAAUUUCGUGAAAAAUAUUCGCUCAAAAUAUGGCCAAAAGUGGCAAAAAUUUGAUACAAAUAGUGAACGAACUUCAGGACAAACUCCAGGACCUGGGCGUCGAGAGUCUGGCCAUAGAUUUGCCGCAAAUCGCUGUCAUCGGCGGACAGUCGGCCGGAAAGUCGAGUGUUUUGGAAAGUUUUGUGGGCCGAGACUUCCUGCCCCGCGGCUCCGGUAUUGUCACCCGUAGGCCACUAGUCCUGCAACUCAUCAACAAUAAAGUCGACACCAACUCCUAUGGAGAGUUUCUUCAUUUACCCGCAAAACGAUUCGUGAAUUUCGAUGAAAUACGCGACGAGAUUGUGGCCGAAACGGACCGGGAGGUGAGGGACAGUACGGGAAUAUCGCCCAAACCCAUACACCUCAAGAUCCACUCGCCGGACGUGUUGGACCUGACUUUAGUGGAUCUGCCGGGACUGACGCGAGUGGCGGUCGGCAGUCAGCCCAAGGAUAUCGAGAAUCGCGUCGAGAAUAUGAUACUCGAGUACAUCCGCAGAGAUAAUUGUCUUAUACUGGCGGUCACGUCCGCCACUCAGGAUUUGGCGACCUCUGACGCCCUGAAACUGGCGGAACGGGUGGACCCGAAGGGUGAGCGCACUAUCGGUAUACUAACCAAAUUGGAUCGCCUGGAGCUGGGGUCUGAUGCGCGGGAUAUACUGACCGGCAAUUACGGCAUUCAUCUGAAACGCGGAUUCAUUGGUGUCGUGAAUCGCUCGCAACGGGAUAUCGACGAGAAAAAGGACAUGAAGGAGGCGCUGGACAAGGAGUACCAGUUCUUCAGCCAACACCCGGCCUAUAAGGACAUCAGCGAUCGGCUGGGGAUCAGUUAUCUGCAGCAAUACCUGCAUCAAGAGCUCUCGAAGCAUAUCUACAAACUCCUACCGCCGCUGAAGCAUCGGUUUGAGUUGGAGUUGAGUGAACUGACGGCUAAGUUGGAGGCGAUUAGCGAACCACUGGUCGAGUCCGACAAAGAGAUAAUUUUGUCCAAAACUAAUGAGGAGUUACGCAAGAACUUCGAGUCGGCGGUGGGAGGGAAUGGUAGCGGUAAUGGCAACGAUGUGGACAUCAAGAAGCUGAAUGGCGGCGCCAAGAUUAAUGUCAUUAUGAACGACACGUACGGCAAUGAAGUGAACCAGUUGUUCACGGAUGAGCAUCAGAUGAGACACGACAUCCACGUCGCCAUACAGAACAUCAAAGGUGUCUAUAUGUGUAUAUUUCCGCCCGACGCCGCCUUCAAGGCCUGUGUCAUCAGUCAAAUCGGUGUCUAUAUGUGUAUAUUUCCGCCCGACGCCGCCUUCAAGGCCUGUGUCAUCAGUCAAAUCGAGUUGCUCCGAAAGCCAUCACUGGUUUGCGUGGAGUCCGUAGCGUAUGAAUUGCAGGACAUCGUCAGAGACUGUAUCCAAACCAUACAGACUUUCACACCCAUUAAAGAAUUCUACACUCGACUGACUCUGGACUAUGUGGUCGAGUGCAAGAAACGAUGCAAAGCCUGUGUCGAGCACCUGAUUAGAGUGGAAAAGGCUUAUCUCAAUACAAAUAACGAUGAUUUCAUGAAACUUUAUAAGGAAAGUGGGGGAAUGGCAGCCAAGAUUGCCGCUCAAGAAUCGACAUCGAGUAGUGAUAAACCAAAUGACACGAUCAGUCACACGGAUAAU